AUGUAUGCUUCGGAACUAUCGGAAGCCAAGCAUCGGGGGCGCUUCCCUCUGGCGUUCCAAUGCAUCCCGGGUAUCAUCUUGGCACUUGGCAUAUACUUCCUUCAAGAGUCACCUCGCUGGCUUAUGGAAAAGGGACGACCUGAUGAGGCUCGGCAAGGAUUGGACAAGUUACGCAUUGGUGUAGAUGAGAAGGUCGUUGAGGUUGAGUACAACGAAAUCCGACUUGCUGUCCGUGAACAAUCUGCCCUCAACAAAACCUGGAAUCUAUGGAAGGAAAUUCUCACACGUCCUUCCUGGCGCAAGCGACUGCUCUUGGGUUGCGCUCUUCAAGCAUUUUCUCCAUUGUCUGGCAUUAACGUCAUCAACUAUUUCGGCCCUCGCAUAUACGAACUUCUGGGCAUUGGAACGCAGACAUCACUGAUGAUCAUCGGUAUAAACGGCGCUCUUGGCAUUAUCUACAACUCCGUUGGUCUUUGGAUGUUGGAUCGCGUUGGGCGAGUUAGACCUCUCAUCGUCUCUGCUCUCGGAUUGGCGGCUGCCCUGCUGGUUAACGCGAUCCAAUUCCAGUACCUGGACAGGUCUAACGCGGAUCAGUUGAGGAGUAUGGUGGCCAUGAAUUUCGUGUUUGGCUUCUUCUUCACCCCGCUUGGCAUCAUCAGCUGGGUGUACCCUGCAGAAAUUUUCCCUCUAGAAAUUCGGGCUCUCGGCAAUGCUCUCACCACCUUCACCAACUGGACCGUCAAUUUAAUUCUGGUCUCAUUUUCACCACAAGCCCUCACGGCUAUAGGAUUCAAGUUUUUCUACGUCUUCUUCGUCUUCAACAUGAUAGCGGCGGUUUGUUAUUAUUUGUUUUAUCCAGAAACACGAGGCAAGACUCUGGAGCAGAUGGACGAGCUUUUCGGCGAUGGUGUUCCGCCAUUCAACCAACAGUCUGUUCCAGCUAUUACAGAGUCUACUGAUGAAGAGGCUCGGGGCGAAAUCAUUUCGGCUGGGGCUACAACACAACCCUUGAAAACAACCAAGCGUACGUACACACAAUACAACACCUUUCAUUUGGAGGGAUAG